AUGCUUCGUCGAAUGGAACAAUUUUUAACGACAACAAGUUGUCGGCGUUAUUUAAUUUUGUCCUAUUUCGAUAAAAAUGUAAAACAUCCAGAAAUUCCAAAAAGUGAUUGUUGUGAUAAUUGUACAAAAUUGUUACAAUCUGGAGUAGAUAAAAGAUAUAAUAAAGAAGAAAUGAUUUUUGAUUUUGGUGAAGAAGCUAAAAAAUUAUUUAGAACAAUUGUUGAAGUUUUUGGUGGAAGGACUGGAUUAAAUAAACCGAUUGAUUUUAUUAGAGGAAGUAAAACAGUUUUAUCAAAAGCACCAAAAACAUUUACUAAAGGAGAAGAUUUAUCAAAACACCCACUUUAUGGUUGUGGAAAAUCACGUUCGGAAAUGUGGUGGAAAGAAUUGGGAAAAUUAUUAAGAAAUUAUGGUUAUUUAAUUGAUUCAAAAUCAACAUUUAAUCAAUUUGGGUGUAUUACAAAUAUUUCUGAUAAAGCUGAAAAAUGGUUAAGAGAAGGAGGAAAGGAAUUAAAAUUAAUUCCUUCUGAAUAUUUAUCAAAUUCAAAUAAUGUUGAAAAUGGAGGAAAAGAUUUGACUAAAACAACACUUUCAAUUCCAAACAAAGUUGUAGAAAUUAUUUCAGAAAAAUUAUUGGGUAUAGAAAAACAACGAGAAUAUAAAGAUGCUAGCUGUUAUCCUUGUAUUGCUUCUGCUUCUGAUAAGAAUAUUUUUGUCUAUGAAGUGUUACCUCAACUUCGAAAAGAACUAGAAGAUUUACGUUAUCAAUUGGCUCUUGAAUCCGACUGUCCAGCCAACUCAGUUUACAGCAAUACUGUUAUUGAAGGACUUGUUAAAAUCCGACCAACAAAUGAAGCAACAUUAGAGCUAGUUGAAGGCUUUCCUGAACAACGAAGAAAACAAUUCCUAACUCCGAUUACUCAACUUAUUUCAAAAUUUUGUUCAGAGAAUAAUAUUUCUACGGACUCUAAGGAAGCUGAAAUAGAGUUUCCUGAAGAUUUGGAAUCUCUUAAAAAUGGAUUGACUUUAACAGAGAAAAGUUAUUAUCAUGCUCAUGUUCUUUAUAAUCGAUCAUUGGAAGAAACUUCUUCAUAUAUGAAAGCUACUUCAAGUACAGUUGCUAAUCAUCUUUCUACUGCAGCAAAACGUGGUUUACCUUUACAUUUAAAAACGCUUGGAAUAACUUUGGAAUUAAUUGAAAUUGUUCAUAAUAAAAUAAAGGAGAAUGGAAGAGACAUAAUUCGUCUAAAGCCUAUAAUGGAAUUAUUGCCUGAAAAUCUUGUCGACUACAAUCGUUUAAAAAUAAUAUUUUCAAUCUUGGAAUAUCAAUAUGGAAUUGAUACAAGUGAAAAUGAAAAUUUAAAUUUGAAUGAAGAUUUAAAAAAAGGAGGGGAAGAAGAGGGUGAAGGAGUGAAUGAUGAAGAAAAAAAGGAGGAGGAGGAAGAAGAUAUAAUUUCAAUAUCCUCAUCCCCUAAAAAACGAAAAUUACCUUUUUGGUUAAAUUCGAAAAAAAGAAAUGGGGGCAAAAUUGAUGAAGAAAAUUAUGUUUAUAAUACUGGGGCAACUACUACAACAACGAAGAGAAAAAAUUUUAAACAAAUUAAAAUUAAUAAUUCAAUAUUUUCUUGA